UGCCAGCUGCACUUUUAACUUAACUUUAUUUAAAGUUAAAGUGUUUCUUUUGUUUGGCACCACACCAAAAUGUACAUAUCUGCUCAGAUAUGUCUUCUGCUGCUGAGUCUUCACACACUGACUCUGUCUGCUGCUGCCAGAAGACAGAGAAGAAAUGUGCUUUUCAUCAUGGCAGAUGAUUUAAGGACAUCGCUGGGCUGCUAUGGGGACUCAGUGGUAAAAUCACCAAACAUCGAUCAACUGGCAUCCAAAAGCCAAGUUUUUCUCAAUGCAUAUGCACAGCAAGCAGUGUGUGCUCCCAGUCGUACAUCCAUGCUAACCAGCCGCAGACCAGACACAACCAGGCUCUACGACUUCAAGUCCUACUGGAGAGUCCACUCUGGAAAUUACACAACUCUCCCACAGUACUUUAAAUCUAGAGGGUACUUCACUAUGUCUGUGGGCAAGGUGUUUCACCCAGGUAUCGCCUCUAACCACACUGAUGAUUAUCCAUACAGCUGGUCGCUCCCUGCCUACCAUCCUGCUUCAUUCAGAUUUGAGAAAGAAAAGAUGUGUAAAGGAGAGGACGGUAAACUGCACGCCAACUUACUGUGUGCUGUGAACGUGACCGAGCAGCCUGGGGGAACCCUCCCCGACAUGGAGAGCGCAGACGAGGCGGUGAGGUUACUGAAGACUCGCGUCAACGAUAAGACUCCUUUCUUCCUGGCUGUGGGCUUUCACAAACCGCACAUUCCCUUCAGGAUACCACAGGAGUACCUGAGCCUAUAUCCAAUAGAUCAAAUGACUCUGGCCCCUGAUCCUGAUGUUCCCAAACUCCUUCCUCCUGUUGCCUACAACCCCUUUAUGGAUGUGAGGAAGAGAGACGACGUCCAAAAACUCAACAUUAGCUUCCCCUACGGACCAAUCCCUAAAGACUUCCAACUGCGUAUCCGUCAGCACUACUACGCUGCUGUGUCUUAUAUGGACGCUCAGGUUGGACGGCUGCUGGGCGCUCUUGAUAAGCUGGGACUGGCUGACAGCACCAUGGUGGUGUUCACCUCAGAUCACGGUUGGUCGUUGGGUGAGCACGGCGAAUGGGCAAAAUAUUCAAAUUUUGAUGUGGCUACACGUGUCCCUAUGAUCUUCUACGUUCCCGGUGUCACUGCAGCCCAUGGUUGGCUGGAAGGGGCUACUUUUCCCUUUAUUGAUGUCUUAAGCAAAUCAGAGCCCAGCUUUAAGAAUUACAGAGUUAUAAAAAACGUGGUGGAGCUGGUGGAUGUUUUUCCCACCGUCUCCCACAUGGCUGGCCUGAGAACUCCUGAACCUUGUCCUGAAGUUUCUUUUGAGGAGGAGCUGUGUACAGAGGGAGACAACCUGGCCUACACCUUCAGACACAGAGAAAGAGGAGAGGACGAGGAGGCCAUAUCUUUUAGCCAGUACCCUCGACCUGCUGAUACACCACAGGUGAACUCAGAUCUCCCUGACCUUAAAGACAUAAAGGUCAUGGGUUACUCACUACGCUCCUGGGACUAUAGAUACACUCUGUGGCUGGGCUUCAACCCCAAAACAUUCCAGGUGAACGUAUCUGAUGUCCACGCUGGAGAGUUAUACAUGUUAGCAAACGACCCAGGUCAGGACAAGAAUGUCUAUAAUGACUCUGACCACAGUGUGUUAAUGAGGAAAAUGACCAGCCUGCCUCAUACUGUGAGUGUGCAGAUGAGAAUGAAGCUGCAGCUCCUCUACCUCACAGCAGGGAUGAAAAGCAGUAGAAGGAAGGCGUGAUGAUGAGAAUGAAACACAACAGAUGGACAGACAGGGACAAGCACAAAGGGAAGACGGAUGAAUUUAACACACCAAAGA